GCGCCCGAGGCGGAGGUGGCCCGUUAGGAACUCCCGGAAAAGUGCGCGGGUGCUCACGCGGCGCGCCGAGGGGUGUGUCCCGGGGGCCCCUGCGGCUCGCGGCGGGGCGGAAAAUGUCCGGCCGUCCCAGCCCCUUGCCCCGCACCCGGAGCCCAGUGGGGUCGGUGUCCCCGGCCCGCGCUGCGCCGGGAAGGCGAUGGCGCCGGCAGCGUCGAAGCUGAGGGCCGAGGCCGACGUCGGGGCAUUCCCGCGGCGGGCGCUCGCCCAGUACCUGCGCCUCCUGCGGCUCUACCCGGUGCUCACCAAGGCGACCACUAGUGGCAUUUUGUCAGCACUUGGGAACUUCCUGGCCCAGUUGAUUGAGAAGAAUCAGGAAAAAGAAGACUGCUCUCAAAAGCUAGAUGUCAGAGGGCCUCUCAGAUAUGCCAUUUACAGGUUCUUUUUCACAGGGCCGCUGGGUCACUCCUUCCACCUCUUCGGGGACUGGAUCCCUCCCGAGGCCCCCUCGGCAGGCGUCACGAGGCUGCUGCUGGGCCGCCUCCUCUUCGCACCCGCCUUCCUGUCAUCGUUCUUCCUCAUCGUGAACUCCCUGGAGGGGAAGGACGCGGCCGCCUUCACUGCGAAGAUGAAGAGAGGAUUCUGGCCGGCGCUGCAGAUGAACUGGCGAGUCUGGACUCCAGUGCAGUUUAUUAACGUCAACUAAGUCCCUUUGCAAGUAAGGCCAGCCCGGCACCGCAGGGCCAGAGAGGGGCUUCGAGCUCCCCCAAAGCCCACCCCCGCCAGCCUUCUUUUCGAGCCUCAGGGUCACCCCACGUUCCGGAUUCCUCCUGGGGCUUUCCUCUUCACCCGGAAUCGUUACCGGUCUGGAUUCUGGCAGGCAAAGUGACAUAGAAGGAGGGGCCUCCCAAGCGGCGUCCACGCUGCGCCCUUUCCUCCCGGGCAGCGCUCGGCUUUCUAGGGCUGGAUUGCAGCCCGCGCCCACGAAGCUGCGGGAGGGCAGCCUCCCCUGCAGGGACGUCAGGGCCACAGCGGGGCGGGGCAAGGGGCUCUGAGCCGAGGGUCGGAGCGUCUGGGUGGGGAACCUCUGUAAGCGGGACCGCAGGCCGCAGGCAGGCUGCGGUGAGGCCGCCCUCCGGUUUGCUGAAGGCCCUGCCGGUGUCCACUGCCUCCACACGCAGUACAGCCCAUCUGUGUCUGGGUCCCAAGACCACUGCCGGGUGGACGGGCUCACAGCCUAAGUUUAUGAGGGCCACGCAGCCAGGAUGCACAGCUGGAUCCUGGGAAUCCAUUGCUGGCAUCCUGUGCUCCCUCCCUCCCUCCCCUGAGGACCACACAGAGCAAUCCCUCACCCACCCGCAAAACGCAGGCACGUGGCGUUUCUGCCCAGGGUUUAAUGGGGGCUGGACACAUGGGCACCGCCCCCUGCACCAGAGUUCCCUACACCCCGGGAGGAAAGGCAGGAACCCCACAUGAAAUCCAAGUUCCCAGACACCAGCCGAGCACCAGCCUCUCAAACAGGCCUUUCCAGGGAUUCCCAGGCCUCAGGCCUGCUGUGUUAACCCUUUUCUGCACACCAUUUAAGUAACCUACCUGAAACUAGCUCAUACAGGCUGAUUUCCAUCCUGCUUUAGGGAGAGGAGAGAAAGAGACCUGGAGCAGGAGCCCCCUUGGGAAAGAGGUACCUUGCAAGGGUGGGAAGAGGGAGGGGACGGGCUUGGUAAUCACACACACACCCCCCAAGGGGUAGCAGAAAACCAGAGGCAGCGAUGGACAGCAAUAGCUGAUGCUGCAGGAAGUUAAAUCAAAAUAAAAAUCGGAAUGUUUCCAUUGGCUUUAAAAAUGGCCUUCCCAAGAGCAGCUUCAGUGGCUCGAUGGGGCUGAAGCCAGAUGGCUGAGAACUGAUGAGUGGGUGGGGAGGUAGAAGGUAAACUACAAGUCUCAAAAAGUCUCUCGGACUGUUGGGAAGCGGAGGGGAAAAUGGCAGUUAGCCGUGGGCCAGGGGAGGAGAAGGUUUUGCAGCUAGGAGAAGAAUGGCCACGCUGCAUGCAGGUGGCACCCCAGGCUGCCCCAGUGCCGGGGGUGGGCGUGGGACUGCAGCGUAAGCAGAGAGGCACUUCAGGUGGAAGGCUCGCCUCCCCUGUGAGCACAGCAGAGAGAGGAGGUCACUGUUCACUGGGGACCCCGGCCACACCUUGUCUUCCCUCUGGGAGGGGGAGGGGUGGGGAGGCUUGAGGGGAUGGAUAUUUUGAGGGGAGUAAAGAAGUGGUCACCUUGGUGCUGCGGAGGAUAGGAGAGGAAGCUGAUUGGAGACGGGGGAGCCAGGAGAGGCUGAAGACUUACGUGCAGGGGCCUGGGGCCUGAGGCAGGUGAGAAGGCAGGAGGAUCUAGGUUUUUCCAGGGAUUGCCUCUGAGGAACAAGAAGGGAAGGAAACCAGGGCUAUGCACUGUGGUUCUAAGGCAUAUAGAAGAUGAAGUAAAGACAUGAGAAGACAGACCGGCUGAGGACGUGGAAGGGUCUAUGGCAGGGAAAGUAGAGAGGCUGGAAAAUGGAGUCCUUCUGACUAGUGUAGGGACAGUGCUGCAAGCCUGGGGUUAGAGACCUUCCUAAAAGGUGGUUGCCGGCGCGUGCUUAAGGGGCAGGGAGUUUAUUCAACACAUAUGUAUUGAGCACCUGCUGUAUGCCCUGCUGCUCUAGACUCUGGGGCUACAGUGACUAAUGAGAUAGACCAGACUGCUACUUUCAUGGAGCUUAUGUGCCUGGGAGACCCAGUAAUUGACUACAGGUGAUUUCAGGUGCGAGUAUGCCUGCCAGAUCAUAGAAGCAGGGUAGUGGCAUAGGAUGGGUUAGGGUGAAGAGCAGGUCGUGGGGUUGUCAGGGAGGAGCCGGGUGAGGCCACCUGCAUGACUGGUCCUGGGGUGAGAGGCUGAGCCAGGAGCCGAAGUGCUCAGUGAAGGAGUAUUUUCCCUGCUGUCCCGUAAACACCAUCAGGCAGGGACUGUCCUCACCCCUCUCUGCUGGGCCCCAUCACAGUGCCCUGUACGCAGUAAAGGCUCAGCAGGUACGGCGGUGGGUGCGUGACUGGCCCGCGACUGAGCUCUGUCCUGGGGGGUGGGUGCCUGAUGAGUGUGCCCAGGGCCCUGCUCUUGCUGCAGCCCGUGUUCUCUCCGGCAGUUCCGGGUGCUCUGUGCCGACUUGGCAGCUCUGUUCUGGCACACCUACCUGGCCUCUCUGCGGAAGUGAAGAUGACCGGGAGAGGUCCUCAGACACACUGAUG